ACAGAGUUCCAGAUUUAAUGGGCGGGGCUUGUUUUCAUUGUGGCCCCAGCGCAUCUGUAUGGCGGAUGCUGUGCUGUUUGCACAUCAAAUAAAACUAAACACUUAAUGCCACGCGUCUUCACAGUUUUACAGUUGUGCAUCUUUCAGCUUGCAAGAUUCUGACCUGUAGCUGUACAGUGAAGCAUGGAGCAGGUGGAUCAGCUCAGACCAGAGAGCCCUCAGUUAGAGUCUGAAAGAUCUCAGGGACACGGCAAUGAAGGAAACUGUGGCACCGGCACAAGAAGAAAGAGGAGAAAGCGUGAACCACGGCCAGAGUCCAUCAUCGUCUACCGCUGUGAUCCAGAGAGUGCAGGUGGAGAAGAGCGUGAUGGAGAUAUGGAGGGUGCUGAGAGGUCAACUGAAGAAGGAGAUACAUUUCUGAACAACCCAAGCUGUGAAGGUUGGAAUCUACCUCCAGAUAGCCGCUACGUGACACUGACAGGGACGAUCACACGAGGAAAAAAGAAAGGUCAGAUGGUAGACAUUCACAUGACGCUGACGGAGAAAGAGCUGCAGGAGAUGGCGAGUUCGAAAGAGCGUCUGGAUGCUGAAUGUGAGGACAGAGAGGGAUCAAGAUGCCGGUGUGUUUUUGGGAUUUCUCAAGGUCCCCACGUUGUCCUUUGGAGUCUGUCGUGUGCUCCGGUAGUUUUCGUCCUGUCCUUCAUCACCUCUUUCUACUAUGGAACUCUCACUUGGUAUAACAUUUUUCUAGUGUACAAUGAGGAACGGACAUUCUGCCACAAAGUCACCAUUUGCCCCUUCCUCAUCAUCUUCUACCCCGUGCUCAUCGUGGCAGUGUCGCUGUCUCUGGGUCUGUACUCGGCCGUAGCGCAGGUGUCCUGGGCGUUUAGCGAGUGGUGGCUUUCGGUCAGGGACCUGGAGAAGGGUUUCUGCGGUUGGGCUUGUGGGAAGCUCGGAUUAGAGGACUGCUCACCGUACAGUAUCGUAGAGCUGCUAGAUUCGGACACCAUCUCUGGGACAUUGCAAAGAAAAAAUCUACAAACGUCAUCGGUGUGAAUAAAUGAAUUAAGAUGCAGAGAUUUGCAGUGUAAACCAGUUUUAUUUUUGUUAACUGGUUAUGUUUUAAAACUUAGUGAGCAAUUUGGUACACACUCAGCAAUGUUGGGUUCCCAACAAGGAGGAUUCUUUUAAAUGUUAUGUGGCAGCCUUUUGUCAUCUUUUAAGACGUCUUAAUUUGGCUAAAUUAUCAGGCACCAUCACAGGUAUCUCACACCUCAAAUGGUUUUAAAUGAAGCCAGAAAGUUUGUUCAUAAAACUAUAAAACAGGAUUUUGUCAAAUGUCAUAUUAACCCAAAUAUAUCACAGUGUCCUAACCAGCCUGAUCUCAUGGGAAUGUAUACGUAUUUUAUGAGUUGGCGAAUUUGUAUGAAGUGAAUCGUACAAAUAUGUUUGAUUAUUAUAAAAUAAAAUAAAAACAAUAAGGACCCCACCCCUAAGCCCAGGUCAGAGGGGCGAAAGCAAAUCAUACAAAAACGAAUUAGCCAGUUCAUAAAAUACAUACAAAUUAGAUUUUGUUGUCCUAGCCGAAACAAUUAUUUUUAACAAGUGCUAACCGUGAGAGUUAAAAUGCAGUAUGACGCCUCAUAAUCAAAUUAAUUGUACACUUAUAUGUUACACUGCUCAAUUAAUUGUUUUAUGCCUGUUUAAACACACUGUACAAGUAACCCUUUUUUUGUUUGUGUUAUUUUGUUUGACUUAUUUAGUCAUUUGCUUGUCAACAACCUAUUUUAACCAUGUUUGUUUUCCAAAGAUUUGGCAUAUUUACGUUUAACCUUUUGAUUUAUACAUUUUAAAUAUUUAUUCUUUGCUGUUUUAUUGUAUUUAUUCUAAUAAUCUUGUGUCUAUGAAGGCAUUACCCUAAAUCAGGAGGGGUUAAGAACAGAAAUGCUCUUAAAAAGCUUUUUAUACCCUUCUGUAAAAUAAAGCCAUAUGUAUAUUAUAAAUAAACUGACACUUUGUGUGAUUGUGAGAAAUUGUGUAUCUUAAAGUAGCUUUAUUUUUUCCUUACUAAACUUUUAACUCUGUGUGUUACGGUAUCUGUGAUUUUGAGGACACAAAUAUCUGUAAUGACAUGAUCUGUAUGACAACACAA